GCAAAACAAGAGUAUAUCCCGUUGUGGGCAAACUGUGUUGCUGUUGACUACAGUAAUUCGCUGUUGGACAAGAUUGUGGCCCAACCAGCGAAUCACGACUGUACUCGAAAUGUCCGGUAAGACCAUCAAUUCGUGAAGCGGAGCAAAUGUCGAAGGUGAACAUAAAGCUCAACGUAUCAGAAGUUAAUGCGCUGCAAUUCCAUCAUUUACGUCAUGCAGUACUGAUUAUAUUAAAAAACAUUAGUCAAGCAGAAUCAUUCGCUUCCCAGAACAACAUGAAACACGUCGUCGACUGUUAUGACAUUUUAUACAGUAUCCCAACGAAUAUAGAUGUUGACAGUAUUGAAAUAAAGAUACGUGAUCUGGCACUACGUACUAGCUCCUCCGCUAUCAAACAAAUCAUGUCCAAAUAUGGAGAGGUGAAUAAUGUUAAGGAAGAUACUUGGAGGAACUUCUUCCUUGGACUCCACGACGGCGAUCGUGUGGUGCGUCCGACAAAACCUAUUCCCUCUUACUUGACUUUCACAUGCAAAUCACCUCAAGGUGUUGAAUAUUCUCAACAAACAGUAGUCACGUACCUAGUGCAGAUUCCUACAUGUCAAUAUUGUGAUCAACCGCUACACCACGGGAAACCCGGCGCAGAGACUGCUAAGGAAAUUCCACCUGAUACGAUCAAAGCCGGUAUACAGUUGUUGUAUGCUAAACCACAACCGGUUGGUAAACCAAAGACUGCAGACCGGGCAUUUUCAAAAACCAGCUCAACAACGAUCGGGCCUAGUACCACUAAACCAACUGCCAUUACCAACAUCGAAGUUACAACGAUUACAGAAAAUGUUUCCAAACCAACAACCAACACCACCAAUAAGGAAUCAAAUACCGAUGAAGAAGGAUUUACAAUAGCGACCCGUAAGCACAAACAACAAAUAAGAACAUCCGACCGUGAGCAACAUGAAUGCAGUACCAACGUAAACGAAAACGCGAGAGAAGACGGACCGAAUGACCCUUAAGGUGCGGCAGACAACGCACCUAAUAUUUCACCACCAAGGAAGAGGAUAUCAACACGCAGCAGUAAGAUGCGUU